AUGGCAUCCACUCCGGCAGCGAUGGCGGCGUCCCCGCCGCCGCCGCCGCUCAAGUACCGUCACUGCAACAAUGCGGACGGGCUGGUGUCGGUGGAGGCGCUGCGAAUCAUCGUGGAGACGAAGGCAUGCUUCGUGGCGGUAGCGCUGGCGCUGGCCUACUUCCUGACGGCGUCGCGGCACCGGCUGUGGAGCUCCAGCCACCUCAUCAAGGGCUUCCUCUUCGCCGCCACGCAGCCGGUCACCCGCUUCCUCGUCGGCAUGUUCGCCAUGCUGCUCUCCAUGCCCUUCCGCAACGACCUCUACCUCCUCUGGGGCAUCCUCCUCCUCGCCGGGUACGAGGGCGUCUACACCAUCUCCGGCUACGGCGUCUCGGCACGCCUCUCCGACCUCGCCGUCCACGAGUUCACGCGCUGCAGCAACAUCGUUUUGCUCGGGCUGUACGUCCGGUACUAUUCCCAUGCCUCGCAGUUCCGGUACCCGCUCUGGGCGCUCUGGGCGCUGAUGGUCGCCAAGUUCUUGGAGCGGAUCGUCCGGUUCAAGAUCGCCCACGGAAGGUACGGCGACGGGAACACCGGCCUGGUCGCCGACUACAUGAAGCACGAGCACGAGCUGCCACCGGAGAGCUGGGCAGAGACAGACAUUGAAGCUGGCCAGCAUGGCUUCCCCAUGAAUAACUACAACUACCUCAUCGUCGGCGACUCCAAGUUGGAGGACAAAGUAAUCCCGGCGAUCUACGAGGCAAAGUUGGAGCCGGAGGCCGACACGGUCACCGUCGCCAAGGUGUGGACAUGCAAGGGAGAUCUGCUCGAGUGCAAAAAAUACGGGGACAGGCUGAAGGACGUCUGCCUGUCCUUCGCGCUGUGCAAGCUGCUGAGGCGGAAGUUCGCCGGCGUUGAUGCGUCGACGGAGGAGCUGGCCAAAUCGCGGGAGCUCGUCUUCGACGGCCUCAUCACGAGCGGCAUCGACGCGGAGCGGACGUUCCGAGUUGUCCGCGCGGAGCUCGGCUUCGCGAGAGACAUCAGCUUCACCAAGUACCCCAUCUUGUUCAGCUGCGGCUUCCCGGUCGUCAGCGUCGUGCUGUUCUUGGCGACGCUCGGCGCGUCGCUGUGGAUCAUGGUGUCCGCGAUCCUGCACUACCGGGUUCCUCGCGGGAGCACGCCCAACUUGGUCAACGGCAAGAACGUGGAUUUGUCCAUCACUUUUGGCAUCGUCAGCAUGGUCACGGCCAUGGACAUCUGCGAGUUCUCCAUGCAUAUCUCUUCUAACUGGACCAAGGUUAUGGUUGUCUCUGAAUACGUCCGGAACCGGUACGGCCGAUGCUACCUCCUUGACCGUAUCAUACGGCUCGUGUGCCACGGCAAUAUCGCCGAGCCAAUCGGCAACUCCCUGGGGCAGUUCGACCUCGUCAAUGGCACGAAGAGAGGGCGCAUCUCGAGGUGCGUCGUGCAGCUGUACCACAACGCGAGAUCGUUCGUCCUGCUCAACGACGACGACAAGUACCGCAUCAUGAAAGGCAAGAGCCUCAGAGUUCCGGGCGCGGUGAAGACGGCGAUCUGCGAGGCGCUCAUGAGGAACAGGAGCGAGCUGGCGAAGGGCCAGCCGCUGCCCCGAGCAGCAAGCAUGCUGAGGGCGCAUUGCCACCCGCCGACGGCGAUCGAGACCGUCGUCGUGUGGCACGUCGCGACGUGCUGCCUUGAGAGGGGGGCUCCGAUCAAACUCGGCGAGAGCGAGCGCCAGCGCGAGGAGUUCCGGCGGCUUCAGGAGAGCUACGAGGUGGCCGCCGCUCUGUCCAAGUACUGCGCCUACCUGUUGUUCUACAAGCCCAAGAUGCUGGGGUCGGUCGGCAAUAACACGGUGAGCUACACCUGCAAGACAUUGGUCAAAGAGGCCGCCGCCGCCGACAAUACCAACACCGGCGGCGGAGGCAGCGACGGUGACAAAAUGAUCAGCAAGGGCAAACUGCUCGCGCAGCGGCUCUUAAAGGUGCGCGGCUGGGUGGAUUGGACGGAGCUGAAGGAGUUCUGGUCGGAGAUGCUGAUAGCGCUCGCGGCAUCCGGGAGCGUUAGCGCCCACGAGAAGGGGCUCGGCGACGGCGGCGAGUUCAUCACGCACGUCUGGGCGUUGCUGUACCACGCAGGGAUCGAUGGCAACUCCUCGUCGAGUGCCAUUGUUGGCUCUGCCGGUGGUGGAACUGGCGGCAGGGCGGACAAUUCUACGUUUCAGAAUGGCACGGCCGUCGAAUCACACGGUUAA